AUGGAUUAUAUCAACUGGCUCAGCAAUGACUGGAAGGCACUAGAGAGCAGCGUCAGAGACAGACGCGCGGAUAAUACUACCACCAAACCUACCACUAUCAACACCAAGUCUCUCUCGACUCGACAACCAGACAGCAAAUUAGAGCGCAACUCUCAUAAUUCUCAAACUGCGCGCCUAGCUAAGGCUCGAGUCGUGAGAAAACCUGCCUCACCCACUUACGCAGAGCGACAAAGUGGAACACGCUCAGAAAACAGAGUGGUAAAAAAGUUGACGGUGGAGAAAGAGGAAGAGAAGAGCGUCACGGAGACUAUUAUUCCCCCGGCGCCCUCAAAACCUACUAUAGAGUCUCUCCAGUACAAAAUAUUGGAUCAGAAGCACACAAAAGGACUCCGUAGUGGUGGCGAGAGCGAUAGUGAGAGUACCGUGAGUGACGAAGUCCCGAAAAAGAGUGAAAGCAUUUCUCAUCGUAAUCAACUAGACAUUCUCCCAAAUGGAACGUCUCGAUCAAGGAAUCACCCAACUCCUCCAAGAAGCGUAGAAGUGGGGACCGAAGAAGAAGAUAACAAUGAGUGCGAGGUUGACUUAUCCAGGAACGAUCAAAUAAAGGAGAAUCAAGAUAAUGGCCAUGUAAAGAAGUUGAAGAUGUAUUCUUCAAAAAGUAAAAAGCGCGAGGGUGUAUCACAAGCUAAUCGUUAUAGAUCGACCCUGAUCAACGGACUUAUUGAUGAGGACUCAUCGCGUGAUUCAAAUAGCGAUAAUCAAUUAAAAAACAAAGGUUUAGAGAAGAAGAUUAACAAACUGAAAAAACCGAAGGGAAAGAUAAUGAGUCCGUCUACUUCGUCUUCAACUUCUCUCGAUGACGACGUUUCAUCAUCUUCUUCCGUUGUACCACUGCGAAAGCGCAACAAGCGAAACUCUCCAACUAGAGAAAGGCACAAGAAACCUCGAAUAGAAUCUAAGAAGGAUCUCAUUGUUAUUCCCAUUGGCGACGGUAUAACGUUCAAGAAUUGCAGCGAGGCAGUAUGGGCGAUGAGGGAUGACUAUGUACCUUGGGAAACUCUGGGUACAGGUUGUCAAGAUGGUACUUCGCCGAAUCAGUCAGAUGACAAGUCUGGUAGUAGACAUCGGUUUGUCGAAGUUUCUUUAGAGUAUCCUGCGAAUGGUGUCCAGGAAAUUUUCUGGAUCGCAGAUCCGCGAGACCCUGCAAAUGCUUAUGAUCCAGCAGAAGAUCUUCUUGAUACUGUCCGUAUUAUAGCAGAGAAAUAUGUAAAAGACAAAUCAGCGCGGGAAGAAUAUUUAUGGUGUGACAAGGUGAAUAGUCGAACUCCUGUCUAUAGGAUAAGGAGAGCAAAAGGCCGACGGGAUCCAGUUUUAAUGGAUGAAGCAGUUAGGGCAUUUAAUUCAGCUUUUAGGAAAUUGAAGGACGAAGGGAAAGUAGCAAGAACAAGAGGAGAUAAAGAUCUUUUGCGUCAUGUAUUGUUUCAAGCAUAUAGUAGAGUUGUAUCGCCUGAAGUUGACAUGCUCAAGGGGAAGCUCGCAUCCGAGACGUAUGGAGAAAUUCUAUUUCCAUUCAUUGAUGAUAUUAUAAUACGAACGAAUCUUAAGAAAAAACACAAGUUUAUCGACUUGGGUUGUGGUGUUGGGAAUGUCUUGCUACAAGUUGCUGGUGAGACUUGUGCAGACUCGUGGGGGAUAGAACUACGACAUGAGUGUGUUAUGCUGGCAAAUGCACAACUUGCAGAAUUUAAAGCUAGAAUGAGGGCAUACGGACUGCCUCAUGGAGAUGUGACAAUCGUAGAAGGAGAUUUUACGAAAUAUCCCAAUCUGAAUGAACGAAUAAGAGAGGCCGACGUCGUAUUUGUCAACAAUUACAAAUUUAGUCCUGAAUUGAACGUCUGCCUGAUUGAUCACUUUUUAGAUUUAAAGGAUGGUGCUCAAAUUGUCAGUUUAGUACCAUUCACUGCCGGUAGGAAAGCCAAUUACCAGCAUCAGUCACUGGAUUCUAUAAGUAAAACAGUAAAAACUCCGUAUUCUUCGUUCUGGAUAAGUUGGGGAGGAGCAGAUGCCUUUUACUACAGUAAGUAUAUGUUGCUAAAAUGA